AUGACAGCUGUCUCCACGAACUCCGUGGCGCAGCUGCCCAGUACGGCGCAGCUGGCCAUCACCAACCUCAAAAAUGCCGGGCUCUCAGAGGUCCUUCACCUCCAGGGCACGGAGAUCUACGAGGAGCGGCUUAAAUCUUACUGGGCACUCACCCCUCGCCUCCGCGCCUGGGCUCUCGUCCUGCCCCGGACGACCGAGGAGGUGUCCCUCGCCGUGAAAGCUCUUGUCGGAACUCCUGAUUGCCAAUUUGCCAUCCGCAGCGGGGGCCAUAUGUGCUCACCAGGAGCAAGUGGCAUUGAGAACGGGAUAGGGAUCGACCUCGGCCUCUUGGCCAAGAUUACUUAUGAUGCCGAGACCAAGCUCGCGUCUGUGCAACCUGCACCUCGAUGGCUAGAUGUCUAUAAGACUCUCGAAAAAGACGGCGUUAUGGUUGCGGGUGGUCGCGAGGGCCUUGUUGGCGUUGGUGGGCUGUUGCUUGGCGGUGGGCUCUCGAACCACACCUGCCGUGUUGGACUUGCAUGUGACCAGGUUGUCAACUAUGAAGUGGUGUUGGCUGAUGGCAGCAUUGUCAAUGCAAACGAGACCACAAACGAGGACUUAUUCAGGGCCCUGAAGGGUGGCGGCAAUAACUUUGGCAUCGUCACACGCUUCGACAUCCAGACGUUUCCCGCGUGCGACGUGUGGGAUGGGAUGCUAUAUCAUCCAAAGACGGAGACACCAGCCGUGAUUGAUGCUCUUGUCAAUCUGGUCGACCAUCUGAAAACGACGGACGAACCCUCGGAGCACUACCUGGGAGUGUGGCGUUACAUCCCUGAGGCGCGCGACAUUUCUCUCUUUAGUAUUCUGACACAGCUGGACGGCGCCGAGAGCACUGAACCUCUGAAGGAGUUUCUCUCCAUUCCUAGGCAUCAGGGGAAUAUGCAGAAAUGGUCCAUUGCAGCAAAAACGACCGCAUUCACUGUGCAAUCGAAUCAACACUCCAUAUGGCUUAGCACUUGUUUCAAGAAUGACAGACGCAUCGCCAGAAAGGCCAUUAGCACGUAUGAAGAGCUUAUCGACCACAUCAAGGAGAAGCAUAUUCCCAGCGGCGAGUUCGAAGCGAUGCAUGUCUUGCAAGCGCUGCCCACCAGCUCCACGCGCCUCUCACCAAUUUUGAAGGGCAAUAUGCUGGGCCUCGAGCGCCUGGCUGGAGAGGCGGUUAUUCUCACUGUCACGUGGAUCCAUGUCCCCACGUGGGAAUUGGCGCAGGCUAUCUUUCCCAAGUACAAGGCCCUGUUGGAUGAGCUUGAUGCCUAUGCGGAAUCUCUCGGGGGAUCUGUCGAGUUCCGUUAUGCGAACUACUGUGACAGGAGCCAGAAUCCACUGGCGACAUACGGCCAAGAGAAUAUUCGGAAGAUGAGGGAGGCUUCGAAGAAGUAUGAUCCGACCGGUGUCUUUCAAACCAGGGUGCCGGGUGGCUUCAAGAUUAGCAAGGUGAAGACGACUGAGUGA